AUGACGCCCGAAGCGACGCUACCAGCAGCAAAUAAUGCUGAAACCUACAACACUGAUAGCACCAGCACAAGAAAAAAUGUCAGCUCCAGAGAAAGUUCGCCAGAACAGUUUGUUUUAGUCUACAAAAUAAAAUCAAAUUCCACGUCUGAGGCGCUGAGCGUUAAUUUGACGGGGCUGUCGCCAGGGACCGAAUACUGCAUCACCGUACGGGGUGUGACGUCGUCUUCAAAAAAAGGCGCAGAAACCGUAAUAGUUUUCAAAACCGACGAAGAAAACAUUUCAAGUGAAGACAAUUAUAUUAUUGCGUUUAUUUGCUGCAGUUGCGCGGUGGCCCUCGUCGUCGUUAUCAUGGCUAUCUUUGUGAUAAAAUUUAGACGUCGACCAAAAAUAUUAUUAGGAGAGAACUGCGAUGAAGGAAGGUUCCAUGCUCAACUCGACAACUUGACACAGGUGUGGUGA